AUGGCUCUCAGAAUUGUUAGUACUUCACACAUCAAAAUCCCCGUUAAAAAACAUUUACUGUGUAUAGUCCGAGGAGUUGUUUCUGCCUUGCACAUACCAGGUCAUAUAUCAAAAGCAGCAGUAUCAAUAUUGACUCCUGACUUGAGUCACAUUGAAGGAUUGAUUACUGAAGACGUUGAGCAGUUGCAAAAUAAUCUUUCAGCAAGAAAUUCCUCCUUUCACCUGGAUUCUUUCAUUCGACAAUGGAGGCAGAUGACCGCUCUUCGUCUUCAGCGAGAAGACCUUGAAGCCAAAAGGGUUGAAGUCACCCAAAUGAUGAAGCAAGUCGUGACAAACGCUACAGGUAGCAAUCACGCUCGAAAUGUGGAAGAAAUUAAAAAAGAAGGUAUACAAUUGAGGACCCAGCUAAAAGAACUGACGAAGUUGUGGUGGGAAAUCGAAGAAAUAGCCGUGACGCGAGCUCUAAGCCUUCCUAACUACUUGCAUUGUAAAACACCCGUAGAAGACAAUACAGAAGUGUACUCGUUUAACCCUGAAAAAUCGAAUUUAAAUUGUCUGUGUGACUGUACUGAGGAGAACAUCAAGUUUGUCAGUCAUAGUCCCACGGCAUUUUAUUUAAGAGGCACGCCGGCUAGUUUGGAACUACGUUGGAUGCAAACCUUCAGCAAGGAUUGGAUCGCCAACGGAUACAAUCUGAUUUCUGCACCGGAUUUCGUUAGAUCGUUAGUAAUCGAUGGUUGCGGCCUGGCUUUUAAUGAUCCGAAAGAAGUGUUAAGUCUCGCCAACAUUCAAGAUCACGGCAGUCUUGAGAAAGGGAACGGGUUACAUCUAGUAGGAGGUUCAUCAUUGCCAGCUAUGGUAGCGUUUCUGACAAAAACUGUGAUUGAAGAGCCGUUUCCCUUGCGACUCAUAUCCGUUGGGCGUUGUUACCAGCCUGUUACUGGAAUUCUUGGCGCAAACGACUUGACAAAUACGGUGCAAGCUUCGUCUGCACGGUUGCUCACAGUAAUGAAGAACUGCCCUGACGCCUUAUUUCGAGAACUUGUAUUCAUUCAACACCAAAUUUCAAAACAGCUCGAACAGUUGAAUGUAAAAUUCCGCAUUAUAGCCACAGCUGCCCGUAACUUGGAACCAUGGGAACAGUAUUGUUCGUCCGUUGAAGUUUACUCGCCGUCGUCCAAAAAGUUCAUUCAAGUAGCUAACGUUUCGAUCAUCGGUGACUACAUCUGUAGACGACUCUCCAUUUAUGGUCCACACAAAGAGUCACCUGGGUUCGUGACAGCUCAGGCUCUGUCUGUUCCAAAAUUGUUAUCAUGUUUUUUUAUAUAGAGAAUCAAAACUGGAACCAUGAAUGAAAGAGUGUGAUUGUCUCAAUGUCGUAAAUCAAAGUCUUGGCUCGUUGUAUGAUUAGGUUAGCAGACGACUUUACCUUGGAAAAAUACACAGAAAAACUACCACAA